AUUUAUGUAAGCAAAAGUCAUCUUCUAUGUGCUGCACAUACCUCCAUAAAUCGAGUUCCAGUUGAAUCCUCCACAAAAGUAGCUUCGGGGUAGGUAGGCACGAUGUUGGAGAACCGAACGGUGGUCGGAUGGAGGAGAUCUACAGGUCAUCCGUUCCCAAUAUCUAACCAGCACCUACCAAAGCCCACCAACCUCGCUCCCUUCUCUCUUCUAACACCCAACCCACCUUCCCUUCCUUCUUCCAUAUCUCCUCUCAGUCUCUUCACAACACGAGCAGGCAGGCAACUUUACUAGCUGGGUUUCUUCCACAUCGCUCCUGAUUCUUCUCUCAUCUGUUUGGUGCUCAAAUGGCUCAGGAGCCUGUGAACCCAGGAGAGGUUGUUCUUGGAGAAGAGAUAAAGCAUGCGAGGUUGAUCACCUUAAACCGGCCUCGCCAAUUAAAUGUCAUCUCGUCGAAAGUGGUUUAUCUACUGUCUCAGUUCCUAGAAAAAUGGGAAAAGGAUGAUGAUGCAAAGUUAGUUAUAUUCAAGGGUGCCGGGCGAGCUUUUUGUGCCGGUGGGGAUCUAAGAAUGUUCUAUGAGGGGAGAUCAGAUGAUUCCUGUCUUGAAGUUGUGUACAGAAUGUACUGGCUUUGUUAUCACAUACAUACAUAUAAGAAAACCAUGGUAGCCCUUGUUCAUGGAAUUGUCAUGGGUGGAGGCGGAGCUAUGGUCGUCCCUCUGAAAUUUUCUGUUGUCACAGAGAAAACCGUCUUUGCUGUGCCCGAAGCAAGUAUUGGACUUCAUACUGACUGCAGCUUCUCUUACAUUCUUUCACGGCUUCCUGGAUAUUUGGGGGAAUACUUGGCUUUGACUGGUGCAAGGCUAAAUGGAAAGGAAAUGGUUGCCACUGGUCUUGCAACCCAUUUUGUCCCAUCUGAGAAACUGCAAGAGCUCGAGAAACGUUUACUAAGCUUAGAUUCCGGUGACGAGAAUAAAGUCAGAUCAGUAAUUGAAGAAUUCUCUGCAGCUGUCCAACCUGAUGAAGAAAGUGUUUUGAACAAGCUUUCAACAAUCAAUAAGUGCUUCUGUGGGGACUCUGUGGAGGAAAUCAUUAAAUCAUUUGAAUCGGAAGCAGGCAUAGAAGGAAAUGCAUGGAUAGCUGCAGUGCUCAAAGGGCUAAAAAGAUCAUCUCCCACAGGGUUGAAGAUAACAUUAAGAUCGAUUCGAGAAGGAAGGAAGCAAACACUGGCUGAGUGCCUGAAGAAAGAGUUCAGACUUACCAUGAAUUUGCUAAGAUCAGUGAUCUCUGGUGAUGUAUAUGAGGGCAUCCGAGCUCUUAGCAUUGAUAAAGACAAUGCCCCCAAGUGGAACCCAUCAACCCUUGAAGAAGUGACCAGUGAUAACGUUGACCUCGUUUUUCAACCAUUUAGUGCUGAAUUGGAACUCAAGAUUCCAGCCGAGGAAUCAUGCAGAUGGGAUGGCAAGUAUGAAAACUCGGUGUAUCCAAACCUGCAAGCAAAGAAUUGAACCUGAAAGGCAACCAGAAUAACCAGUUUCCUAUUGUCGGCUUUGUUUCCUUUGAUUACCACGAGUGACGGACCCAACAAAAUACAAGUGUUGCAGCAUAUGAGCUGGUUCUUGAGUUUUAUUUAUCUCCAACUAGUGUUGUAUUAUUACAUAUAAUAUUUAAUCAAGGUGAUAUGCCGGCCUCCAGAAAAGGCCGGCCAGUGACCAUGCUUAUGCAAUUACACAGUAAUGCCAUGUUAUAAUGGAAGACGAUGUGUUCUUGUUGCA